AUGGGAUAUCCAGAAACAUGUACUGCAUCUCUGCGGUUCAUUCGCCCAGCGCACGUAGCAGAGGCGUCCAGCCUCAUCGGGGUCACUAGAUUUACUGCCCUGGCCUAUCUUAUAAUAUUCCAUAUUCUCUUUGUGCUCUUUGUGUGGACAUAUUGGAAGUCUAUUUUUACUCUCCCGGUGCAGCCAGGCAAAAAGUACCAUAUGUCCUAUGCUGACAAAGAACGCUAUGAAAACGAAGAAAGGCCGGAGGUGCAGAGGCAAAUUCUCGCCGAAAUUGCAAGGAAGUUGCCGGUGUACACAAGAACGGGGAAUGGAGGUAUUCGAUUCUGUGAUAGAUGCCAGCUAAUAAAACCUGAUCGUUGUCACCACUGUUCCGUUUGUGCUAUAUGCGUGCUAAAAAUGGAUCAUCACUGUCCGUGGGUGAAUAACUGCAUUGGAUUUUCUAACUACAAAUUCUUUCUACUGUUCUUAGCCUAUUCUUUGUUGUAUUGCUUGUAUAUUGCUGCAACAGUCUUCAAGUAUUUCAUUAAGUAUUGGACAGGUGAACUGACGAAUGGACGUUCCAAAUUUCAUGUCCUUUCUCUCUUUGUGGCGGUCAUGUUCUUCAUAACAUGGCAGCAACAGUCGACGUGA